GUCGUUAUCGCGCGGUCCGGUCAGUCGCUGUUUGCUCGGUCAGCUGUCGCGUUGUCGUGCUCGUCUCUCCGCGCCGUGGUCUCGUCCGCCGUUCAGUUUCCGACGUGCGCGUACACGUAAAUGAUCGUCGAGAGAAUAAACGACCCGCGGAACCCGUCACGAGGAGUGUAACCGCGCGCGUCCGUCAGUAAUUCGCGAGAAACGCUCUGCACCGGUUUCCCGUGCACGUUUCUGGUGCCGCAUACUAUUGUUUCGUCUGCUGUCGCCCGCGCCAACAGUAAAACCAAUUCGGCGCGUAUUUCCGAUCGCGAAACAUCGGGAUUUCCUCCCCCCCUCCCCCGGGAGUCUCGUCUUCACCGCAACCGAUCUCGAACCCGUUUUCCACGGUGCUCGCGUCAACGAUGACCGCAUCACGAGAACCAUCGAUGGGUCGCGCGGAAGCUUUCGCGUUGCUGCUGCUGUUGGCUACAACCAUCUCGGCGGUUCAAGACUUUGUCGUCGCCGACGAGGACUUGAUGAAAGCCUCGCCGCUCACGGUAGCACAAUGCCGUGCCGGAUGUUUGCACAAGCUAGUUCCUAGAGAUGUUGAAGCAACAGAAUGCGAGAAGAAAUCUGAUUGCUGGAAGUGUUGGAAAUAUUGCGAAGUACUGCAGACUGAAGGCAAGAACAUGAAGAACAUUUGCGAACACAACUGCGAUGUCGGCUGUCAGGAGGCUUGUUCUUUCCACGACUGGCAUGGCGGAUCGCAACCAAGCCCCGUGGUGGAGGCGCGUGGUGAACGGGCCCUGACCAUCGAGUCGGGCACGUUGCGGUGGCCGCGGCCGGCUAACCUUCUGUCGCCCACGUCGCUGCGUCUCGUGUACGUUAUCAUGCGGCGUCGCGAGCCUGGCACCAGACGAACGUGGUCGCAACUGGGCCAGACGCCGGGUUAUAAAGCGCGGCUGCCCAAGACCACGGCCCCGUGCACGGUCCGCGUGCUGGCCGUAUCCGCCGAAGGCCUGGUCACCAUUUACAGUCCGGCGCCAACCACCGUGGCCGCCACCACCGCCGUUCAAGUCCCGUCCUCCGCGUCCGCACCCCAAACCUCGAUAUCGCUGUCCUCGUCCCCCACUGCCGCCGCCACUCUGCACGACCUCCGCGACGCUGACAUCAUCAUCAAAAGCCUCGGCCGCGAUCAAAUACUCGGUAUCCGGUUGCCGUUGGCCGCCAGAUCUGCGCCCCAGGAAGAGUCUCUUCGUCUCAUGGGUGACGGCCCCUUAGACUCGUCGGAAGUGUGGAACCUGCGUGAAGUAUCGAUGAUCCAUCAAAAGGUGUUGGUGAUCGCUGAAGUUGCAUGGGAUGCCAGACAAGUGCAUCGGCCCGCCUACCUGGUCACGUGGGAAAUCGAUGGCGGAGGUUUGAAGGGAAACUUGUUCACGGACACCACGUGCGUCACAUUGUCCCUGUGGCCGGACACUGCUUAUCUCAUACAGGUCUCUCUGCUGGGCGGAGCUGACGAAUCGGUGAAAAUGUCCACCAGCCCUACGUUGACGUUGGACACCAGGAGUGCGGUGCAUUCAACGCCGGUUCCGGAGAUGACGACGACAACUACGGCAACGACAAAAACAACGACGAUCAUGACGCCACCAGAAUCAACGAAUGUUGCUGCAGUCGAGGUUAUGGCCGACGUGGACUGGAACGGCCCUGACGAACCGGAGACCGUGGCUGCGGUGGCCGGCGAGGAGGACGUGACCGCCGAACUAUCCGCUCCCGUUGCUGUGGCCACCGGUUUCGGGCACGCCGAAUGGCAGAUGCUAGCUGUGGCCGGGGCCGGCAUGGCCGCGGUACUGCUGUUGGCACUCGUCUUGGCCUUCCGCAGGACCGGCGGAGGAUCUCCUGGCCUGCACAAAGUGGUACAGCACGAUGACGCCGAGUGUCCACCAUUGUUGGACUACACACCCCGACCUCUGGACUUCACCAAAUACUUGGGUCGUUGCCGAAGGUCUCAUCAACUGCUCGACGAGGAAGCUAUACCUUCACACCUACAAGAACCGCGAGCGACGCACAUCCGACACUAAAACGUGCAGCGUGUCUUUCACGCAUGCGGUCAUCACCAUAAUGUAUACCGUUUCGUUUCGCCGAAGUCCUAACUAAUGUUUUUGUCCCUUAAUUCUAUUUUGUUUUGUAUAAAUAAUUUAUGUUGUACAUACAUUUAUAUAGGUAUAUAAUACGCAUAUAUAUAUGAACUAUGUAUUAUGAAAAUCUCGUUGUACAUUUUAUCCUAAUUUUCGCGAUGUAUAUAAUUACAUUAAAACGCGAGUCGUAAAACCUCGUAAAUAUUAAUAUAUUUCGUAAACUGUUAAAAAAAAA